GGGACAAAGAACCGGACUUGGAUGCGUUUGGACGUCGUCGGAUUUUGGAAUUACGCAGCUGGACGCGCGGCUCCUCCGACGCAUAUCCAUGCAGAUGCAUCUAACUUCUCGUAGGAAGCUGAGGUUGGAUGUUUUGCUUUUUGAUGGCCGUGCCGACUCCUCCGUGAGGGUCAGAAGAUGAACGCCUCCUCCUGCUGUUCCCCCCCGGCCGUCAUGUUCCCGCAGGGCUCCGGGUUCCACCUGAACGGCAGCUGCAGGUUGCUGGUUCCGCUCUGCAACGGCACGGCGCUGCACGGCGCCCUGCAGCUGCCCACCUUCUCCGCGGCGGCCAAGGCCAGGGUGAUCAUCACCUUCAUCCUGUGCGGCAUCUCCACCUGCUGCAACCUGGCCGUGCUUGGCGCCGCCGUCGGACACCGCCGCAAGUCCCGUGUCCGAGUGCUGAUCAUCAACCUGACGGCGGCCGACCUCCUGGUGACCUUCAUCGUCAUGCCGGUGGACGCCGUGUGGAACAUGACGGUGCAGUGGCGGGCCGGGGACCUGGCCUGCAGGCUGCUCAUGUUCCUCAAGCUGCAGGCCAUGUACUCCUGCGCCUUCAUGACGGUGGUGAUCAGCCUGGACCGGCAGUCGGCCAUUCUCAACCCGCUGGGCAUCAGCACGGCUCCGCAGAGGAACAGGAUCAUGCUCACGGUGGCCUGGACCAUGAGCAUCGUGCUCUCCAUCCCUCAGGUGUUCAUCUUCCAUGCCGUGACCAUCACCUUCCCGGAGAACUUCACCCAGUGCACCACGAGGGGAAGCUUCAGCACCCACUGGCAGGAAACGGCCUACAACAUGUUCACCUUCUCCUGCCUCUUCCUGCUGCCGCUGGCCAUCAUGAUCAUCUGCUACACCCGCAUCUUCAUCCAGAUCUCCAGGAAGAUGACCAGGAAGAACUUUUCCUCCGAUGAGCCACAUCUCCGCUGCUCCAAGAACAACAUCCCCAAGGCGCGAAUGAGGACUCUGAAGAUGAGCAUCGUCAUCGUGAUCUGCUUCAUCGUGUGCUGGACUCCGUACUACCUGCUGGGUCUGUGGUACUGGUUCUGCCCCGACGACCUGGAGGGGAAGGUUUCCCACUCCCUCACUCACAUCCUGUUCAUCUUUGGGCUCUUCAACACCUGCCUGGACCCCGUCAUCUACGGGCUGUUCACCGUGCGCUUCCACCGGGGGCUGAGGAACUGCUACCGCAAAGCCACCUUCACGUCCGGCGCGGACGCCAAAGCGGCGCCGGCCGAGUCGCUGAAAGGUCCCUCGGUUGAUUUACCGUCCAAAGGCGGGACGGCGGCAAGAAAAAAAAGCCAUCUUCACACUGUGUACAGUACACAGUGAGAAAGUGCAAAAAAACACCUCAGCACAGAAAGCACAUGACAAAUUUACAUCAACUUCACAAAACUUAUAGCCAGGAAGGCGUUGAGAAUAGGGAGGUGUGGUUAUCAGCAAGUGUGUGUGUAGCGGUGAGUCCGUGAACUCGCUCAGAGCUGCUCCUCAGCCAAUGUCCUUGAUGUUAUCAGACGCUCGGUCAGUUCUGAAAACAGGUCCGCAGACGUUCUGGAGAGGGGAGGGUUAGUGGGGGCAGAGUCACCUUGUUUACAUUCCACCAGAGAGAUUGUGACUACAGCGAUCAGCCAAACCGCUCUGUCAAGGCCAGAUUAUAGAAUCAACAAUUGUAUUGAAAAGAAAACAGACAGACUCAGUAAUUUUCCGUCUGCCUUUAGUCUUUGGUUCCUCAAUGGCGACUCCAAACAGACGAAUUUGUUAUCAAUUCCCGCCAAGCCGAGCUUCCAACUUCUCCAAGGUAUUCUCCAUCUUGCCAAUGAGCUCAAAGACCGCCGCCAGCCUGCGAUUCUGUUCAAGAAUUUUGAUCCAGCUUGCGGCUUUGCUCCCCCAGCGUUAAAGUCUGAGUGUUAGUCGCCACGCUUAUCCCUUCAGUCACGUCCGGCAGCUCGGAGAGGGCCAAAGCAGCUGUCGACGACUUACGCAUUUGUCGAUAUACUAGGAAUCCCCCCACUCCAAUCAGGAGAAAUCCUGCUAUCAUAAAUCCAAUUAUGAAGGCAUCUUCAACGUCCUCUACAGACAGUAUCGCCAGGCACAACGGUUUCCAAUGUUUCCAGGAAUCCAUUGUGUAUCAAUUCCAUGAUUGUAGAGUUUCGGAGGAGUGAAAAGGAGAGACUCUGAAGACGAGACAGAACAAAAAGCAGUAGCAGGGCAGAUAGAUAAAGGAGAGGAGCAGAGAAGCGUCCGCCUUCGCCGAGAGCCGGAAGAGAGCUGGAAGAGAGCCGGAAGAUGUGUCUCCAGGCAGGUGUGUUUCCAGGUAUUUGUGUCUCCAGGCAGGUGUGUUUCCAGGCAGGUGUGUUUCCAUGCAAAUAUGUUUCCAGGCAGGUGUGUCUCCAGGCAGGUGUGUCUCCAGGCAGGUGUGUUUCCAGGCAGGUGUGUUUCCAGGCAGGUGUGUCUCCAGGCAGGUGUGUUUCCAGGCAGGUUUGUCUCCAGGCAGGUUUGUCUUCAGGCAGGUGUGUUUCCAUGCAGGUGUGUCUCCAGGCAGGUGUGUCUCCAGGCAGGUGUGUCUCCAGACAGGUGUGUCUCCAGGCAGGUGUGUUUCCAUGCAGGUGUGUUUCCAUGCAGGUGUGUUUCCAGGCAGGUUUGUCUCCAGGCAGGUGUGUUUCCAUGCAGGUGUGUCUCCAGACAGGUGUGUCUCCAGGCAGGUGUGUUUCCAUGCAGGUGUGUUUCCAUGCAGGUGUGUUUCCAUGCAGGUGUGUCUCCAGGCAGGUGUGUCUCCAGGCAGGUGUGUUUCCAGGUGUGUCUCAAGGCAGGUUUAUUAGCAAAUUAUUUCACUUUUUUUUAUUGAAUUUUGUUCAGCAAUGAUGAUGCCGUAAUAGGAUCAUGUUGGGAGGAAAAUAUGCCUGAAAUCAAAAUUAAAAUAGUAAUUUUAUGGGAAUGAAUCCAUAAUUAAGACAGAAAGUGUUACUCGAGAAAUAAAUAAUCAAAAUACUUUCAAUGAUGCUUCUUUUGAAGGUCCUUAUACUUAAACUCUGAUUUUAAACAUGCAAAACAUGAAGAAUUUCCAUAUUUGUGAAUCUAAUACUCAACAAGUUGGAGUAGAGUCUCAUUUUUUAACGUAUAUGAUCAUUUUAUCACGAUCAUCUAUACCAAAAAUAGGUUAUUUUAAAAUUUGUAACACUAUGACUUUGUUCUUGAAGUCUUGCCCCCCUUCAAGGUAUAAAGCAGUAGCUUCAUCAUCACUGUCCCACCUAACAUGCAUGUAAAAGUCUGUCAAUAGGAUAGUAAGCUGUUUCCACGUCUUUAUGUAAGUGAUGCUGUGUUUCUUACUCCAGGGUUUCAAUCCCUUUAUGAAACAUUUAAUGGGUUUUAAAUGGUGUAAUUAUUGUAUGUAUA